CUGCACUGUGUCCGCAGUCUCUGGUCAUCUCCUGCACUGUGUCCGCAGUCUCUGGUCAUCUCCUGCACUGUGUCCGCAGUCUCUGGUCAUCUCCUGUAUUGCGUCCGCAGUCUCUGGUCAUCCCCUGUACUUAUGCUUGCAGUCUUGACCAUCUCCUGUAGUAUGCCUGCAGUCUCUGGCCAUCUCCUGUAUCAUGUCCACAGUCUCUGAUCAUCCCAUGUAGUAUGCUUGUAGUCUCUGACCAUCUCCAGUAUUAUGUCUUCAGUAUCUGUCCAUCUCCUGUAGUAUGCCUGUAG